UCCCACCAAUCGCUGUGCAGGCAGAUGUGUUCUCGAGGCAAAUUUGAAAAGUUUAGUGCGUGAGGAGAGGAAACGGUUAUAGCAGCGACAGUAGCGGCGGUGGCAGAGGAGCCUCGUACAUACCGCAGUACCGGGAGCGGAGCCGCCAUGAGGAGAAGUGAGGCGAUUGCUGCAGAGUCUGUAGCCUGCUUAAACUCUGCAUUAGUACGUCUUCGAGAUAUCUGGGAAGAAAUUGGAAUACCAGAAGACCAGAGACUGCAAAGAACAGAUGCCGUCAAGAGACAUGUAAAUAUUCUGUUGACACGAAUGAUUGAGGAGGAGGAAAACUUGAAAGACCGUCUCCUGAAGAGCAUUGAUAUCUGCCGCAAAGAACUAAAUACCCUUUGUGAGGAGCUGCAUCUUCCACCAUUUGAAGAAGAUGAGGAGAGCACUAUCCUGCAGCUAGAGAAAGACUUGCGUACACGAGUAGAAGUAAUGAUGAAACAAAAGAAGGAAAGAAUGCAGGAGCUAAAACUGUUAAAACAGCGCGACCAAGACUUGUGUGACAUCCUUUGUACACCUCCAUAUUACGUUGACAGUCACCUCGUUCCAAGUCUUGAUGAGCUAGAUAAAUUUAGAAGGCAUUUGGCUGCACUUUCUGCAGAAAAGGAUCUUCGUGAAGCAGAAUUUGUGAAAACAAAAAAACUAAUAAUUAUUUGCAUGGAAGAACUGGACAGAUUGCCUGACACCAGUUUUGAGAGGGAUGUGGUGUGUGAGGAAGAAGAGGCUUUCUGUCUAUCAAAAGAAAAUCUUGCGGCAUUACACCAGCUUCUUUUUCAGUUAGAAGAGCAGAUCAGACAAAAUAAGGCAUUAUGUGAAGAACUGCGAACCAAAGUUAUAGAAUUGUGGGAUAGACUUCAGGUACCUGAAGAGGAGAGGGAGGCAUUCGCAGUUCACAUGUCUGGAUCAAAAGAAAAAAACAUAAAAGCGUUACAAGAAGAAGUGGAUCGUCUCCAUGAGCUGAAGCUGCAGAAUAUUAAGAACGUUAUUGAAGUUAUUAGAACAGAGCUGUCAUCCUACUGGGACAAAUGUUUUUACAGCAAUGAACAAAGGCAAGGCUUUGCUCCAUUUUAUGAUGAGGACUACUGUGAAGACCUUUUAAGCCUCCAUGAUGCUGAAAUUGAACGUGUCAAGCAAUAUUACGAGAUACAUAAAGAGAUGUUUGAAGGUGUUCAGAAAUGGGAAGAAAAUUGGCGUCUCUUUCUUGAGUUUGAUAAAAAGACAACAGACCCCAACAGGUUCACAAAUCGGGGAGGGAAUCUUUUAAAAGAAGAAAAACAGAGGGCAAAGUUGCAGAAAAUGCUUCCAAAGCUGGAGGAAGAGCUAAGAGUUCGAAUUGCAGCAUGGGAAGAGGAGCAGGCGCAGGAGUUUUUUGUGAAUGGGAAGAAAUUUAUGGAAUAUGUGGCAGAGCAGUGGAAUCUGUUCAAUUUAGAGAAAGAAAAAGAAAAACAUGAGAGGAUAAUGAAAAAAAAUCGUCAGCUAGAAGAGGAAAUGUAUUAUGGAAGUGCUCCAAAGACUCCAAAUAAAAGAAGAGUGCUCGGGGCAACAACACCAAGCAAAAUGCGCAAGCUUAAUGGCACAUCCGUUUCCAGUUCUACCAACACAACACUACGUUCUGCAUUCGGUGGAACAAUGUGCCACUCACCUGUAUCACGUCCACCCCCUAGUGGUGGCAAGCCUGGACUGCCCCUGCGAACUCCAACCAGAUCCUUCAAGACCCCACAAGCAAGAAGACUGGAAAAGAAUAAAGAAAACAUGUCACAAUUAAAUGGAACUGCCAUGAGUGGUGGGUGCCACCUCACAAUUCCUGCCCAGCGUAACCUCAGCGUUAACUCUGUUGCCAGCACCUAUUCUGAGUUUGCGCGAGAACUUUCAAAAGCUACAAGAGUUAACACCAACACCCGAAUCCUCAACUCUACCAUAACAAAUAUGUGAUGUGCUCCCAGGAAUAGGACAGAAAUGGACCUAAAGGCACGUGUACAUUUUGCAUCACUGGUCACUGUGGGUGGCCGCAGUGUAUAUAUUGUGGUGGUCUCUUAGAUGAUGGGUGCUUUCCCAGGACUCUGCUUUGAGAGGGACUUGCACCAAAGUCCAUGCUAAAUUUUGCACUGUAAAUUCAUCUCUUUAAGCUUAUAUGAAUAGUUUCUAAUCUUCCAUUCAGUGAUCUCAGAAGAAUGCCAGAUGUUAUCACAACUUGUAGUUAGAAUUGAUAUAUAUUGAAAUACUUUGUACUGUAUAUGCAUACCUCCUUGUAUUAAGUUGUUCUGGCUUCUGCUGUCACGACCAGGUUUUUAUAAUAUAUUUGUGUGUGUGUGUAUAUAUACGGUUCUUAGUCCUGCCAUUAUCAUGAACACUUUGCACAUGUAUUUUCCUUUUCAGUGUCACUACAGUAAAUACCACAAAAUAAUUUUAUUCUCAAAUGAUCAUAUUGAGGUGGCUUGUGGAAAUGGAGUUUUAGAGAGUUUAACACUACCUAUGUACUUUGGUUUCAACAUUUUUUUUUCUUUUGGUACAUUGACAGUGCAAAUAUAGAAGUAACAAAGUACUGUAAUACAAGGCUGUUUGAUCAGUACAAAGAGAUGACUGGACCUAAUGUUUCACACCAUGGUGCCCAGAUAGCCUUUGGCUAUCCAGGCAUUCUUGGAGUUGUAGAUUUGCAACAGCUGAAGGCACACUCGUUGGGAAAGCCUGAUUUAUUUAAACAAAACACAAAUCUUUGACAAAGUUCAAUAAUUCACUUUCAUUUGUGAAGAGAAAUGCCUACAAUUAUAGUUGUUUCAGAGCCCAUAAAACCAGUCUAAACACUAUAAUACUCUGUGAUCACCAAUGGACAGUUAUGCCAUGUAUCAUGCAGAUGCUAAAGCAACUCUGAUUCAUGUCAGUAGUCAUCUGUAUGACUAACAUGUCAUUGAGGACUCCACAGUUUAGUAGAGCUCAUACAAAGAGGCCAUUUGUUUUUAGAAACUUCCUUUUAAAAUGACAGUUUUUAAAUUUGCAGUAGGCCUCCUUAAGAUGUCUUAAGGCAGAGCUCCUACUGGGCUGAUGAUGAAUUAAAGGAGUAUUCUACACUGAUCUCUUAUCCUGUGGAUAGAGGAUAAGUGUCUGUUGCGGUGGAUCCGACCUCUGGGACCCCCUGCAAUGUCUUGUAUAGGUAUAGAGCCCAGCAAUUCACCAGGCCUUGGAGAACUCUACCACCCAACUUUUGAGUCAAGCAGGAAAGACUGCCCGCUUAGCCAAUCAACAGACAGGGAAUUGGCUGAGCAGGCUCACUCCUGCUUAUCCCCGCGAUGGGGGCAGGCCCCUUUAUGGAGAUCCCAGCAGUCAGAACCCCUACGAUCAGACGCUUAUUCUUUAUCCUGUGGGUAAUGAAUACGUUUAGCUCCCUGGACUACCCCUUUUUUUAAAGUAUAUGAUGCUAUAUAAUGAAUUUUAGAAACACAUACCAGCCUAUUCAGUAACUCUGUGAUAUGAAUAUUUAACAGUUUUACACUGUCAUAAGUACACCUCUAAAAAGAAUUAAUAGAAUGAAUACCCAUGCAAGGGCAUGGCAUGACACAGGAAGCCUGUUUCCUUGGUGUUUAUGCUGUGCCAAGGCCUGCACUUGGCAUUGCACACUGAUAAAUCUGGGCCACUGUGUCAGUUUGGGUUUUCAUUUAACGUCAUGGGAUUUAUUAACACAUAUAGAGCAAUCUACAUUAUAUGUGGUCACAGAUUCGGCUUUCUAUCUAGGUAAGAAAUCUUAGUCUGAAGUGAUAAUCAGAUUUUUCAUG